AUGUGGCGUGUUCUACAUUAUCUCUGUAUCAGGGGUCAUGUCACACGUGUGUCAAAUUGACGACACAGAUAGCGUGUGUGACAGUGGGGUCAUCCGGAUGCGUCUGGCUAUGACCUCUCUGUUCCAUGGGGGCUGCUCCCUCUGCUGUGAACAUCACUAGCCCUGAGGAUCUGUAGUGGCAGCAUGCAAAACAACAGUCCCCAUCAUCAGACACUAUCUUUACAGCCUUUCCUUUUACUGAUGACACCAGGUCUUCACUCCGCCUACAGGUUUCCCUCUCCUGCCUGCCUUGUGUUUUGGAAAAAUCCAAAGCAUUCCCAGAUUCCAAGCCUUUUCUGGUGAUUUCCUGUCUCUGUCUCUGUCAAUGACAAUGACCUCCAUACUCCAUAAAGGUUAAAACAACUACCCAAUAGCAGUUCAUUCCUUUUCCGUCUCUCUUCCUGUUGCCUGGAAUGUGUCAAGAGUGAGAGGCAGGCAGGCAGUUGCUGAACGGUGAUCAUUGUGUAACAACAUGGGCAGUAGGCGUGGUUAGGUAGGCGUGGUUAGGUAGGUGACAUCACAAAGUGAUGGGUAUAAGUAGCGGGGCCAGGGGACACUGCAGCACAAAGCACCUGUUGCCUCUCUCUCGCUCUUUACUGGCAUCACUCAGGACUGUAAAAGCUGUAGCUACUAUUACUGUUAACUCUACAAGUGUGUGUACUCUACUGUUUUGUGGAAUCUUGGAUAUUAUUGCAUCCUGCGUCUUCAGAGAUACUCUGCCAGAGAAUAACUAUGGCUCUAUCACUGAACUCCAUCCUGGCUCUCACCAUCAUCACACUCUGUGUGCUCCUGCAGGAGGGUUUUGGGCUCCCUGUAUCCAGCCAGCCUGAGCUCCCUGCCCAAUCCCCGUCCCAGAAGAUCCCACACCACACCAGGGUUAAACGAUGCUCCUGCAAUAACUGGCUGGACAAUGAAUGCAUCUACUUCUGUCACCUGGACAUCAUUUGGGUCAACACUCCCAAUAAGGUUAUCCCCUAUGGUAUUGGCAGCCCCCUGUCCCGACGUCGCCGCUCUACCGGGCGAUGUGAAUGUGCCCACCCAGCCGACAGGACCUGCUCCGGAUUUUGCCACAACAGCUCAGAGAACCCCAGAUUCGUAGUGGUAGGCCACUCAGACCAGACCCUGGACCAGACUGUUAGCAGUCCAGACACAACCAGCAACGACCUACUGACCUCUCUCAGAAACAUGUUUCGAUCCAACAUGGCUGCCAUAGAGAAAGGUUCUCCCUCCAGGAAGAAGAAUGCCUCCAGAGUCAACAGACUGAACAUCGGGUAGAAGAGGAGGAGGGACGAAGAGGAGCUUGAAUAGCUCCAGAGCAUUCGAACAAAGACCUCCUGGAGGAGUCUAGGGAGUCCUCCCCCGGGAAGACAGAGAGGUUCUGAGAGGAGAGGCCCUGAGAAGAGGGCAAAGAUGGAACACUUCCCAAUGGCUGCCUGCUGAUUGUUGAAUAUCACACAGUGGACUGGAUAUGGACAUUAUCUGGAUAUGAGUCUUGGACUAAUCUAGCUAAGAGUCUGGGUUAGAAGACUAGGGAGGUUUAAGUGUGUCCUCUGUGAACUGUGACAGUCUGCACUAGAAUGGUUACUGACUGUUUGCUGGGCAUGGGUUGUCAUCAUGUUCUAAACAUAAAUACACUUUCUGUGUCUGAGCACAUGAAAUGGGUGGAUGCAAGCCAAGGCAUUCUGGAGUGAUGUUUGCCUAUGUUUACUUUACAGGCUUACUUCAUUAGUGCCUUGAAAAUAUUGACCACUAUUGUCAUUUGGAUUUUGAUCCUUACUUUACCUGUCGCACGACAUCUACUAUAUCAUAGAAUAAAAAUCAAAAAAGAAUCCUCUGUAUCAGAGAUUGAUUGCCAGUUUAUAGUGAUUGCCGUGCGCGCGUUAAAAUUACUUGAAAUACAUUUGACACAUGAAGGACAUGCCUUUAAGGAACAGGGAAUUACUAUACACACAGCCUUCCUGUAGCAGCAGAUAAAAGCAGGUCUAUUGUGAUGGCGGAAAUAUUUAUUGCACACUGUAGCCACUGUUGAUUGUUUUGAUUGUAGACAGAGUGAAGGCAGCAGGUUUCAAUAGGUCUGCUCCUUGCCAAAUAUGCAGUGAUUGUUUUUCUGCUUCCAUAACAAAUGUCCAUUAAAUGUCAAUGUCAUUACCCAUUAGGAAAUUAUGACACUGCACUUUUGUUCUAAUGCCUUCAAAGGAAUGUGUUUUUAUGUCCAGUAGGCUUUAGAUGGGUUGGGCUGAUAGCUGAACUCCAGCCACUGUCUGACCACGAGGCAUUUACUGUAAACACUACGUCAAAAAACAAGUCUUCCACUGAUGUUGAAGUCCAAUACCACAAUGCCGUAUAUUUAUGAUAUUAUUAUUUAUUUAUUUGUUUGUGUGUUGUUGAGUAAUUUGUGUAUCAAAAUGCUGGACUGUGCUUUUGUUGUAUAAACUGUUGUUAUCCCUAAGAAGGAGAAUUCACCCUCAAUAGUCUAUUUAGCAGUCAAGGACACCAUAGGACAUGUUUACCCAUGAAUUGUUCUAUUCCAAGCUAUUCAUAUUAUCUACUGUACACGUACAAAUCUCUGAAAUGAUUUAUUUAACUUAUUUGCGGGGUAUAUUUAUAUAUUUGUGUUGUGUGAGUUUAAUAUGUGAGGAAAUAAAUACUAA